UGACAUCUGGGUCUGGACAGGCUGGAGGGCUGGGCUGAAGCCCAUGGGAUGAGGUUCAACAAGGCCAAAUGCCGGGUCCUGCACUUGGGCUACAGCAACCCCAGGCGACGCUGCAGGCUUGGGGCGGUGUGGCUGGAGGACGGCGUAGAGGAAAUGGAGCUGGGGGUAUGGAUGGAUGCUGGGCUGAACAGGAGCCAGCAGUGUGCCCAGGUGGCCAGGAAGGGCAAGGGCAGCCUGGCCUGCAUCAGAAAUGGCCAGCAGGAGCAGGGAGGGGAGCAUCCAUCCCCUGCGCUCAGCUCUGGUGAGGCCGCACCUCGAGGGCUGUGUCCAGUUUUGGGCCCCUCACUGCAAGAAAGACACUGAGGGCCUGGAACGUGUUGAAAGGAGGGCAAUGAAAUGGUGAGGGGUCUGGAGCACAGGGCUGUGAGGAGAGGCUGAAGGAGCUGGGAAUGUUCAGGGUGAGAAGAGGAGCUGAGGGCAGAGCUCACUGCUCUCUAUGGCUGCUGAAGGCAGGCUGCAGGGAGCUGGGGGGCGGCCUCUGCUCUCGUGCCAUCAGUGAUGGGAGCAGAGGGAACGGCUUCAAGCUGCGGCAGGGGAGAUUCAGGCUGGACGUGAGGAAGAAUGAGGUGUCAGAAAGGUGGGCAGCACUGCAAUGGAUGCCCAGGGAGGUGGGGGAGGCGCCGAGCCUGGGGGUGUUGAAGGCAAGGCUGGGUGCUGUGCUGAGGGCCGUGGUUCAGUGGGAGCUGUUGGGAACAGGUGAACGGUUGGACUGGGGGAGCUUUGAGGUCUUUUCCAACCUUGGUGAUUCUAUGAUUCUAUGAUUCUAUGAUUCUAUGAUCUGUUUCUCCACUUCUCCUUUGGGGACCAUUCCGGUGUCGGCUCAAUGGGACCUGAGCACAAUUCCUCCCAGCUGUGCUGUGCCAAUGAGGCCCGCAGAGCUCAGAGUGAGCAUUUCUCUCGGUGCGAAUAAAUCUGAGCAGACACGAGAACUUGGCUGUGCUCGGCGCAGUUCCUCUUCACCAGCAUUAGUUUACCGCACGCAAACCCCCCGUAAAUCAUACCGAAUCACUCCGACCCCUGUAACUUUCCUUACGAGUUCGGGAGUUCCAAAAGCAACAGAUCCAUCACCGCUCCACGCUGAGCCCGGGGGACGGCGUUUGCAGCGGAGCAUUUGUGGAGAGGAUGGAAUCCAUCAGCGUUGGGUGAGAGGAGAGCGGUGCUGGGCCGCGGCGGAGCCAACGAGGCGAUCCGUGCGUGCCUCGUUAGCAGGGGGCUGCGCUGCUCUGCUCCAGUGCCGCUGGGGUGACGUGGGAGAGCAGCGAGCGCAGCUCUGUCCCAGCACGGCUGCAACUUACAGCCCUGCUUCUCUCUUCCUUUUCCCUCCAUGGCUCUGGGAGCGUGAUGGCAUUCCAUGCGCCGGCGUUAAGCGCUAUGGAAAAAGUGAGGCUCGGUGUGUGCUGCAGCAGCAGCGUGAAGCUCGUAACGAGAUCUCUUGUGAGAUUGCUGCCCGGAUACUUUCUGUUUUGCACCGUGCUUUACAAGUCUGUCCUGCCCCAUGUGUCCUGCCUGCAGGUGUGCAGCCGCGUGCCGGUGCUGCACUGCCAAACUGGGGCAGGGGCUGCUGUCCCUUAAGGCCAUCUGGGCACACCGAGGGCUGGGUGAGGAGGAACCUGGCGGGCUUCAGCAGUGCAGGGCCCCGAGCCCAGGAACAACAGCAUGGAGCAGGACAGGUUGGGGCUGAGCUGCUGGGAAGGAGCUCUGCCAAAGGACCUGGGGGUCCUGGUGGGCAACGGCUAGCCAAGGGUUGACCAGUGGUUGACUAAUGAUUGACCAACGGUUGAGCAGCAGUUGACCAGUGGUUGACUAAUGAUUGACCAACGGUUGAGCAGCAGUUGACCAGUGGUUGACUAAUGAUUGACCAACGGUUGAGCAGCAGUUGAUGAAUUGACCAGUGGUUGACCAACAGUUGACCAUUGGUUGACCAACUCUUGUCCAACGGUUGACUGUGAACCAAUAUUGAGCUCUUUUGCCAAGAAGCUGUCAGGAGCCCGUCAGAAGUACAAGGUGCCCAUCAGAAGCCGUGGUUCUGUGACCUUUAAGGACCUUCUCAACCCUUUCUAUGCUGACCUAUGAGGACCCUUCCAACCCAACCAUCCCAUGGCUCUGUGACCUUUAAGGACCCUUCCAACCCAACCAUCCCAUGGCUCUGUGAUCUUUAAGGACCCUUCCAACCCAACCAUCCCAUGGCUCUGUGAUCUUUAAGGACCCUUCCAACCCAACCAUCCCAUGGCUUUAUGAUCUUUAAGGACCCAUCCUACCCAACCAUCCCAUGGCUCUAUGAUCUUUAUGGACCCUUCCAACCCAACCAUCCCAUGGCUCUAUGAUCUUUAUGGACCCUUCCAACCCAACCAUCCCAUGGCUCUAUGAUCUUUAUGGACCC